AUAGAUAUAUGGCUAUGUGUGUUCCUGUUUGGGUUAAAUCAAUUGGAAUGGAUUGAAUUUAAUCUGGAAAAGAAUGGACACCCGAUUUUUGGCCUUUUUCGUUGCUUUUAUUUGUAUUCUUACAGCAAAUAAUUCUGAAGGAAGGGGCAAAUUACCCGAAAACUCUUUUCGUCAUGAUGAUGUUCCUUGGGAUAUUCUCGAAAUCGAUAUCGAUAAGGCUGAACGAGUAUGGAACUACUGUGGAAAAGAGUUGAAAGAUAUUACCGAAGCUAUUAAAGCCUUAGAUUCAGAUCUCUCUCGAUCAAGAACCGGUGGUAAUGUUGAAUACGAUUCAAAUUUAUCGGUGAAGAGAAUUAUUCGAAUGGCCGUAGCGGAUCUGCCCCAAAAGAAGAAGAAAACACUCUUACACUGCUUGAGAGCCAAAAAUUUUCCAUUGCAAAUAUUACGAAACGAGGAGGAAAAAACAUCGUAUUAUAAUAUUCCGAGGAGGUCUCUAAGAAGAAAAAUAGUCCACCAUCAUCCUGUUAUAAGAACUGCUUCGGUACCUGGUCCAGGUGGACCCCUUUUAUCACCAUCUUAUUUUGAUGAUGCACCUAUGUAUCAAGUGCCGGGCCCCGCCCCCUCUCCCUCUCCCGUUAAACGGGCCCCACCGAAGGCCCGCGAACCAUCUCCUCCGCCGCCACAUGUCCAUUAUUAUUCUCCACCUUACCCCGCGCAACACAAAAACAACAACAAUAACAACAACAAUAGCACCAACAACAACAUCGACAAUAACAAUAACAAUAACAGUGACAAUAAUAAUAGUAAUAUGAAGUAUAUUAUAAUUGCUUCGGUUGCAAGUUUAGUGGCGGGAGUUUCUCUUAUAGCUCUACUAUUACUUUGUUGUCUGAAGAAAAAUAAGAAGGUCGAACCGAAAGAAGGGCAAAGAGAUGAGAAGCCUCUUCUCAACUUUAGCCCUAGCGAUAUUUCUGCAGGUAUAUUAUAUUAAAGAUCAUCGUUCAUUUUUAUUU